AUGAUAUUAAAUAAUAUUAAAGUACUUAUUAAAGGUGAAUUCAUCAGAAGAUUAAUAUUAAAGAUGUUUGAUAUCGAGACUUCUUAUGGAAAAGAAGACCCCAGGAGCAUCGAUGUCGAAAAAGUAGUAUAUUCAGGAGGAGGAGAGACAUUAGAAAUUAUUUGA